UUUCGAUUCGCUUGCGACGCACGCAGGCUCGAUUCGAUCGCGUCGAUAGCUGAAACGUUCAAUUUAUUUUCAAUCGGCACUGAAAAAGUUUUGGCGACAUGAAAUUGUUUCUGGUAGCCUUGCUGGCUACGUUGGCGCUCGCUCACGCCGUUGUCAAGGAGGAGAUCCAGGCCAAAGAGUAUUUGGAAAAUCUGAAUAAGGAGAUUGCCAAGCGCACCAAUAUUGAAACAGAGGCCUCCUGGGCAUACGCCUCCAAUAUAAAUGAUGAGAAUGAGAAGAAGAAGAAUGAGAUUUCCGCCGAGGUGGCCAAGUUCAUGAAGGAAGUGUCCAGCGAUAUACAAAAGUUCAACUGGCGGACAUAUCAGUCAGACGAUUUGCGUCGCCAGUUCAAGGCCCUCUCCAAAUUGGGUUACGCUGCUCUGCCCGAGGCGGACUAUGCCGAAUUUCUGGAGAUCAUGUCCACUAUGGAGUCGAAUUUCGCUAAAGUGAAAAUCUGUGAUUACAAGGACAACACGAAAUGCGAUUUGGCUUUGGAUCCGGAGAUUGAGGAAAUCAUUAGCAAGAGUCGCGAUGCUGAGGAACUCAAGUAUUAUUGGCAGCAAUUCUACGAUAAGGCGGGCACAGCAGUGCGCACACCUUUCGAACGUUACGUGGAGCUGAAUACCAAGGCGGCCAAGCUGAACAAUUUCACGUCGGGCGCUGAACUGUGGCUGGAUGAGUAUGAAGAUGAGACCUUUGAGCAGCAAUUGGAUGACAUUUUCGCCGAGAUUCGUCCACUCUACGAUCAGGUGCAUGGCUACGUGCGCUGGCGCCUGUUGCAACACUAUGGCGACAAGGUGGUCUCCGAGAAGGGUCCCAUUCCCAUGCACCUUUUGGGCAACAUGUGGGCGCAACAGUGGUCCGAAAUUGCGGACAUUGUCUCGCCUUUCCCCGAUAAGCCCCUAGUCGAUGUGACCAACGAGAUGGUCAAUCAGGGCAUCACUCCCUUGAAAAUGUUCCAGAUGGGCGAUGAUUUCUUCACCUCCAUGAAUCUGACCAAGUUGCCACAGGACUUCUGGGAUAAGUCUAUUAUUGAGAAACCCACGGAUGGUCGCGACUUGAUUUGCCACGCCAGUGCUUGGGACUUUUAUCUCAAGGAUGAUGUGCGCAUCAAGCAGUGCACUCGCGUCACCCAGGACCAGCUCUUCACUGUUCACCACGAGCUGGGACACAUUCAGUAUUUCCUGCAGUAUCAGCAUUUGCCAUUUGUCUACCGCACUGGCGCCAAUCCCGGCUUCCACGAGGCUGUCGGUGAUGUCCUCGCUUUGUCCGUGUCCACGCCCAAGCACUUGCAGAAAGUCGGUCUGUUGAAGGACUAUGUGCGCGAUGAUGAGGCUCGCAUCAAUCAACUCUUCCUGACCGCUCUCGAUAAGAUUGUGUUCCUGCCGUUUGCCUUCACCAUGGACAAGUAUCGUUGGUCGUUGUUCCGCGGAGAUGUCGAGAAGGAUAAGUGGAAUUGUGCUUUCUGGAAGCUGCGUGAAGACUAUUCGGGCAUUGAGCCGCCAGUAGUGCGCACAGAAAAGGAUUUCGAUGCGCCAGCCAAGUAUCAUGUGUCCGCUGAUGUUGAGUACUUGAGAUAUUUGGUGUCCUUCAUCAUACAGUUCCAGUUCUAUAAGUCUGCUUGCAUCAAGGCCGGACAGUAUGAUCCCACAAAUCCAGAGCUACCCUUGGAUAAUUGCGAUAUCUAUGGCAGUGCGGCAGCUGGUGAAGCUUUCCAUAACAUGCUCUCAUUGGGCGCCUCAAAACCAUGGCCCGAUGCACUGGAAGCGUUUAAUGGCGAGCGUGUAAUGAGCGGCAAGGCAAUUGCCGAGUACUUUGAACCGCUCCGCGUCUGGCUCGAGGCCGAGAAUAUUAAGAACAAUGUUCACAUUGGCUGGACGGCAUCCGAUAAGUGUGUUUCGUCUUAGUAUGGUGUGGUGAUUACAGCAGCAGCAGCCGAUAAAUAAAUACUUUCUUAUAUAUUUCCAAAAGCUGUUGCAAUUUUAAAUUUUUGCUUAAUAAACUUGGCAAAAGCUCGACCAUUUCAUGUACUCGUA